GCGAGCAUUGCUCAAGCCGGCAGGGGCCACACAGUAUGGCAUCGGCUGGCGUUCGAACCGCGCGUAUACAAGGGGUUAGUGGAUAACGUGCAGUGACUCAGUGUAAACUAGCGAUAUUAUACAUAUGAAGGGAUGAAGCAUUAAUAAUGGGCGUGCUGACGGUUGCCGCGGCGGCGGCAAAGUCCGCCCUCACUAUUGCUGGGAUCAGCAAACUAACCUUCAUUCCCGCCAUGCUCGCUGCCAUGGCCUACUUCAACUAUGACCUUCUAGACCCAGAGAACAGACCAUUUAACCAGAAAUACCUGAGAGAAGAAUACGACUUUAUAAUAGUCGGUGGUGGAUCAGCAGGAUCGGUUCUGGCGAACAGACUAUCAGAGGUGGAGGGUUGGAAUGUACUGCUGUUAGAAGCUGGUGGCCAUGAGACUGAUAUCAGUGAUGUUCCCUUACUUUCCUUGUAUCUUCAUAAAAGUAAACUCGAUUGGAAAUACCGAACUCAACCACAAGACUCCGCGUGCCAGGCGAUGAAAGACAAGCGUUGCAGUUGGACCAAGGGCAAAGUCCUCGGAGGCUCCUCCGUCCUCAACACAAUGCUCUACAUCCGCGGCAACAGGCGUGACUUCGAUCAAUGGGAGGCCUUUGGGAACCCUGGCUGGGGAUACGAAGACGUGCUGCCGUACUUCAAGAAAUCAGAAGACCAAAGGAAUCCGUACCUCGCAAGAGAUAACAGACAUCACGGAAUAGGUGGUUACUUAACCGUACAAGACGCACCCUACAACACGCCAAUUGGAGCAGCCUUCCUUCAAGCAGGUGAAGAAAUGGGCUACGAUAUUGUCGACAUCAACGGCGCGCAGCAGACAGGCUACGCUUGGUAUCAGUUCACCAUGAGACGAGGCACCCGAUGCUCCACCGCAAAAGCAUUCCUCCGACCAGUACGACUACGACAAAAUCUACACGUAUCAUUAUUCUCCCACGUUACAAAAGUAUUAAUAGACGAAGACGAUAAACGAGCAUACGGAGUACAAUUUAUUAAAGAUCAACAGAAGCAAAUAGUAUACGCUAAACGUGAAGUUAUUCUCGCUGCUGGAGCGAUAGCUUCCCCACAAUUACUCAUGCUUUCAGGCAUUGGACCAGCACAACAUUUACAAGAAGUCGGUAUCGACGUAAUACAAGAUUCUCCUGGAGUUGGAAGAAACUUACAAGAUCAUAUAGCAGUUGGUGGAUUGGUCUUUGAAAUCGAUUAUCCAAUCAGCUUAAUUAUGAGUCGACUUGUUAAUAUAAAUUCUGCUUUACGAUAUGCUGUAACAGAAGAUGGACCUUUAACAUCGAGUAUUGGAUUAGAAGUAGUCGCAUUUAUAAAUACGAAAUAUGCAAAUUCUUCUGACGAUUGGCCUGACAUGGAAUUCAUGAUGACUUCAGCCUCAAUACCAUCAGACGGCGGUACACAAGUAAAAAGAGCUCACAGUAUUACUGACGAAUUUUACGAUGAAGUAUUCGGUCAUUUGACAAACAAAGAUGUAUUUGGAAUCUUUCCAAUGAUGUUAAGACCGAAAAGUAGAGGAUUCAUAAAAUUAAGAUCGAAGAAUCCAUUAGAAUAUCCCAUUAUGUAUCACAAUUAUUUGACACAUCCUGAUGACGUUGGAGUUUUAAGAGAAGGUGUUAAAGCGGCAGUGGCGGUUGGUGAGACCAAAGCUAUGAAACGUCUCGGAGCUAGGUUCAACAAUAAGCCGGUACCGAAUUGCAAACAUUUACCAUUGUAUACUGACGAAUACUGGGAUUGUAUGAUAAGACAGUACACGAUGACUAUUUAUCAUUUAUCGUGUACAGCUAAAAUGGGUCCAUCGACUGAUCCUAUGGCUGUGGUAGAUCCCACAUUACAAGUUUACGGUGUUAAAGGAUUAAGAGUGAUUGAUGCUAGUAUUAUGCCAACAAUUACUAAUGGAAAUAUAAACGCUCCUGUAAUUAUGAUCGCAGAAAAAGGCAGUGAUAUGAUCAAAGAAACAUGGUUACCGAAAAGACGUAAAAGGAAUGCAAAGUCGUCUAAAUUUUCUGAAGUAAAGAAAUUAUUUUUAAAUAAGAAUACAUCGUGUAGUACAAAUAGAUGAUAGUACAGUAUUUGAAAUUAGAUAAAAUGCCAUAGUUUUGUGCAAAAUGCUAAAAACCAAAAGUAACUGUUUACUGAAAAUAAAAUAGGAUAUAAUUGACAUCUAAUAGAUUCAA